CCCAAGCAUUACAAAAAAUUUUGUUUUCUCAUAUUCGGCAAUCGGGUGGCUCAUGCCCUUGCUAAGCUUUCGUGUGAUAUUUUGGAUUUUGAUCGCGUGUUGGACACUUUUCCUCCUCUGGUUGCUGCUUUGGCCUUGGGUGAUGUUGUGGGGUUUCAUGAUUGAUCCCUUUGUUGGGUUCUGGGUUUGUUGGCUUCGUUGUUAGCUGUGUUGUUGUUGCCAGGAAAAAAAAAUGCCUAUGAGAAGCUGCUAAAUGCAAAAAAUGGAAAUUGGGAUAAUUGUUCUUUGCUGCGUUUUUGUUGUUGUUGUUGUAGUAAUAUUGGCAUGGAGGGUAUUGAAUUGGGUGUGGUUGAGGCCAAGGAAGCUAGAGAAGUGGCUGAGACAGCAAGGUCUGAGUGGCAACUCCUACAGACUAUUGUUUGGAGACCUGAAAGAGAUGUCGGAGAUGAUCAAAGAAGCUAAGUCCAAGCCCAUCAAUCUCUCCGACGAUAUCGUCCACCGUGUCAUGCCCUACAUCCUUAAAUCCAUCCACAACUAUGGUAAGAAUUUGUUUAUAUGGCUUGGACCGAAACCAAUGGUGAUCGUCCGGGAUCCUGAACUCGCGAGGGAAAUACUUUCUAAGAAUUUUCGAUUUCCAAAGCCCCAUGGAAAUCCACUGUCCAGGUUGCUAGCAACUGGACUAGGGACCUAUGACGGUGAGAAAUGGACCAAACACAGAAAAAUCAUCAAUCCUGCUUUCAAUCUAGAGAAGCUCAAGCAUAUGCUACCAGCUUUUGAUUUAAGUUGUAGCGAGACGAUGAGCAAAUGGGAAAAGAUGGUUUCAGAGGAGGGUUCAUGUGAGUUGGAUGUGUGGCCUUAUCUUCAAAUGUUGUCUAGCGAUGUGAUUUCGCGCACUGCAUUUGGUAGCAGCUAUGAAGAAGGAAGAAGGAUAUUUGAACUUCAAAAGGAACAAGCCGAGCAUACAAUUCUGGUUGGACAGUCAAUUUACAUCCCAGGAUGGAGGUUUUUGCCUACUAAGAGGAACAAGAGGAUGAAGGAAAUCGACAAAGAAGUGCAAGCUUCAUUGAGGGUUAUUAUCGAAAGAAGAGUGAAGGCAAUAAAGGCUGGAGAAGCCGGGAGUAAUGUUGACUUGCUGAGUCUAUUAUUGGAAUCGAAUUUCAGAGAAAUUCAACUACAUGGAGACAAGAAUGUUGGAAUGAGUACUAAAGAUGUCAUUGAAGAGUGCAAGCUAUUCUACUUUGCAGGGCAAGAGACAACCUCAGUUUUGCUUGUUUGGACAAUGUUUUUAUUGAGUAGGCAUUCAAACUGGCAAAACCGCGCUAGAGAAGAGAUUUUGCAAGUGUUCGGGAAUAACAAGCCAGAUUUUAAUGGGUUAAAUCGCCUGAAAAUUGUAACUAUGAUUUUGUACGAGGUUCUAAGGUUAUACCCGCCUGCAGACCAACUGACUCGAACUAUUCACGAGGAGACAAAGUUAGGAGAAAUUUCAUUUCCAGCAGGAGUGCACUUUUCAUUACCGAUAAUUCUUAUUCAUCAUGACCACGAAAUAUGGGGUAACGAUGCAAAGGAGUUCAAACCAGAGAGAUUUGCUGAAGGAGUGUCAAAGGUCACAAAGGGCCAAGUCUCAUUUUUUCCAUUCGGCUGGGGACCCCGGAUAUGCAUUGGACAAAACUUCGCGAUGUUGGAAGCAAAAAUGGCAUUGGCUAUGAUUCUACAACGUUUCUCCUUUGAGCUUUCACCAUCUUAUGCGCAUGCUCCUUACACUGUCAUAACACUCCAACCUCAAUAUGGUGCUCACUUCAUUUUACACAAUGUCUAGUUUCGAAUGGUAUCACUAUUGCUAGCUCAUAAUUAGCAAUGAUAUUUCUAGCUGGGGAUUUUCAUAUCAUGUAAAAUGGAUUACUAGAUUUUAUAUGAACCUUGUUGAACCUAACAUUUCACGUACCCAGAGCAAUGUUAGAAAGUUAAGCUA